AUGGCUCAAACUGCUAAGGUAUCUGCGAACAGUGCUCCAUACUCCAAUCUCCCCCCUAUCAGUGCAGCGUUAUUUGAAGCCAAGGCCAGGAAGGGUCUGAGCUUCGACGCCGUUGCCAAGGCGGUAGGAAGGGAUGAAGUAUGGGUAGCAGCAGCUUUCUACGGCGAGGCCAAGUUAUCUCAGGAGGAGAUAAACUCACUUGCCAUUGCUCUUGACGUUCCUACGGUCAACAUUCAGGACGAGCUAGGGGCUCAUUGGUGGCCCAGUCGUGGCCUUGGCCCGAUCCCUCCCACUGAUCCUACCAUUUACCGUUUAUACGAGGGUGUCUUGGCCGUUGUUCACGAGAAAUUUGGAGAUGGUAUCAUGUCGAUGAUCGACUGCAAGAUCAAUGUGGAGAAGAAGCCGGACCCGAAAGGAGACCGUUCCUCUAGUGGGAAAUUCAUGCCGUAUGCUAAAUGGUAG